UCACCAUGUCUGCUCGCUAUAUGGAUUACUCUGGGAAUAUGGGGGUGGAUGGAGAUCUAAGGAUGCCUGGCAAAGACAAACACUUCCAGAACACCGAGGAUCGCACUGACAGCGGCCUGGACUCUCUGAAAGAAGAAGAUUAUAACAGUAUCGUCAAUGGCGUGGAGAACAUGUGUAUUCCGACACCGUCCGCCCCAGCAGACUACGAGCCGGAGCCAUGGAAGAUUCAGGCUAAUGAGGAUGGAGAUACGCUUCUCCACUUGGCAGUCAUCCAUGAGGCCAAAGAACUUGCAGAAGAGGCAAUCAAGAGAUCAUACAGGGAUGGAUUUUACCUGAACCGCCAAAAUAACCUUCAGCAGACACCACUUCACCUGGCUAUAAUCACAGAACAAGCUGAAAUUGCUGAGAAGCUUCUGAAGGCUGGAUGUGACCCAGAAAUCAGAGAUUACCGUGGAAAUACCGCCCUACACAUCGCCUGUGAGCGGGGAUCCAUGCGCGGAGUUGGCGUCAUAGUGCAAUGCAGCACAUCCCAUCUGCCCUCCCUUCUGAACUGCUCAAAUUAUGAUGGUCAUUCAUGUCUGCAUCUGGCAUCCAAUAACGGUUUUCUUGCCAUUGUGGAAGACUUGAUCCGUCUGGGAGCAGAUAUUAAUGCUCAGGAGCCUUGUAAUGGGCGGACAGCUCUCCACAUGGCUGUGGAUAAACAGAACCCAGACUUGAUGUUUUUGUUGCUCAAACACGGAGCUGAUGUGAACCAAGUAACAUACCAAGGCUAUUCACCAUGCCAACUUACCUGGGGAAGGAGUAACAGUAAAAUCCAGCAGCAUCUGCUGUCUCUGACCGAGAAGAGCUUGCAGUACCUGCCAGAGAGCGAGGAUGAGGAUAGUUCUGACUCCGAAUCAGAGCAUUCAGAUGAUGAGUAUAUGUAUGAUGACUGCAAGUUGAUGUGCCAAGGGCUGAAUUAGAGUGGCGUAGCAUAUGAGGACUUUAGAGUUGUACCAGGGCAAAUCUUGUCUUGUACAAGAGAAUACAGCAUUAGGACCAGUGAAUCCUUUAACUAGACCUCAAGGGAUGCAACCGAUCCAAUGUAGAGUUCUAGAGGCUGAUACGGUGCUUGUGCUGACCCAAGACCAUCAUGUGAGAAGAGCCGAGACGUGGAGAGGAUUCUAGAAAACGACAAUGAACUCUGAGGAUGAAGACCUGUCACCUGAAUCAUGUCUCUCUCAGAU